UCACAGUUUAUUAGAUUACAUUUACACAGAUGUUAUAAACUCAGGGAAAGAAUAAAACAUACCCAAAAUUCUCAGGGGAGAAUCGCUAUUAAGUUUAACAAUAUGUACUGUGUUGGUGGCUCUCAAAUUACAUCUCAAAAUAGACAUUAAAGGUUCCAGCCAAAAGAAAAAAUUUCAAAUAAAAUCUCAUUAAAAUUAAAACCCUAGGGGGUGGUGUCACACGCCUUUAAUCCUAGCAGUUGGGGGUCAGAAGCAGGCUGUUCUCUGUGAGUUCUAGGCCAGCCUGGUCUACAGAGUGAGUCCAGGACAGCCAGAGGCUCAUAGUGAGACUGUCUUAGAAACAAAUAACAAAUUUUUGGGCUGGAGAGAUGGCUCAGUGGUUAAGAGCACUGGCUGCUCUUUGAGAGAUCCAGGGUUCCAUUCUCAGAACCCACAAAAGUAUGUAACUCCAGUUCUAGCAGAUAUGACAGCCUCACACAGACAUACAUGUAGGCAAAAAAAAGCAAAUAAAAAUAAUAAAUAAAUCAUUAAAAAAAUUUAAGACCCUCCACACACAUAUGUAGCAGAUGUGCAGCUUGCUCUUCAUGUGGGCCCCCUAACAAUGGGAGAAAGGGCUGUCUGACUCUGUUGCCUGCGUUUGGAUCCCUCUCCCCUAGCUUGACUGGCUUGUCUGGCCUCAGUGGGAGAGGAUGCCCUUAGUCCUGUUGCAACUUAAUGUGCUGGGGUGGGUUAGUACCUAGGGGAGGGAAGAUGGAGUGAGAGGCUUAAGGAUGGGGCUGGGAGGAGAGAAGGGAGGGGGUGCUAACAGAAUAUAAAGUGAAUAAAUAAAUACAAAAAUGGAAACAAUGUUUUAAAAAUAUAAACCCUGAAAAAUUAAUGGUAAACACAAAAUAUUAGGUUAUUGUCCUUUUUUUAUAAAUUAUGUAUGAGUGCUCCUCUACAUGUACACCAGAAUGCCAGAAGAGGGCACCAGAUCUCAGUAUAGAUGGUUGUGAGCCCACCAUGUGGUAGCUAGGAAUUGAACUCAGGACCUCUAGGUAGAACAGACAGUGCUCUUAAUCACUGAGCCAUCUCUCUAGGCCAAGUUAUUAUAUUUUAAAGUUGGUCUUUUUUAACAUGUGGGUGUGGGUCCUCUGGAAAAGCAACCAGUGCUUUCAACCACUGAGCCAUCCCUCCAGCCCCACACAUUUAUAACUUUAAUGCAGACCUCAAAGAGCUAUAAGAAUAUAUUGUUCAGAAAUCAUAUGUUUUAUCAAUGUUCUUUAAAUCAUUUAUUUUUCCUUUCUAAAUAUUUGAAUAUUAUUCUAUAGAAUAAGGAAAGAAAGGGAAAAUAAAACUAGAUCUUUUGAUUUUUAAGAAUUCUGCACCAUGUAUUUUCUUUGUUGUUGUUUUUCAAGACAGGGUUUCUCUGUGGCCUUGGCUGUUCUGGACUCCCUUUGUAGAUAAGACCUCAAACUCACAGAGAUCUGCCUGCCUCUGCCUCCCAAGAGCUGGGAUUACAGGAGUAUGCCACCGUGCCCUACAAGAAUUCCAUACUAUGGAAUUCUUGUUUUCUUGUUUGUUUGAGGAAAGUCCUCACUAUGAAGUCCAGGGUGUCCUGGAACUCACUAUGUAGCCCAGUCAUAGUAAUCCUCCUGCCUCAGCUUUCCAAUGCAUGAGCUGCCUUGACUGCCUGACAUUACGUAACAUUUAAUCACAAAGUAUUUAAGAAUUUUGCUUUAUGCCUAAAUUUAAUGGGUAACCCACUCGUAUUUGUAUCUAUGCUCUAGAAAAAUUACAGGUGCCACUUCCAGAUGCAAUCAUCAUAUAUUCAUUACAAACACAUGGGAUGGAGAAUUGUCUCUGCCAUUGAGACCUCUUGCAGAGGUACUGGGUUUGGUUCCCAGAACUCACAUAGAGGCUCACAGUGUCAUAACUCCAGUUCCAGGGGAUCUCUCAUCCACUUUGGUCUCCAUGGGCAUUGGGCAUUCAGGUGAUAGAUUUACAUAUGCAAGGGCAAAUCACGCAUACACAUAAAUUAGUAUAAAUAAAUCUUUAAAAAUAGCAUAGCUAAUCCUCUACAAUAAAAGAUCUUCUGGAGAUAUCUCCAUCCCUGAUCUCAAGCUGUACUAUAGAGCAACAGUUAUAAAAACUGCAUGGUACUGGCAUAGAAACAGAAUGGUGGAUCAAUGGAACCAAACAGAAGACCCAGAAAUAAACCCACACACUUAUGGACACCUGAUUUUUGACAAAGGUGCCAAAACCAUACAAUGGAAAAAAGAUAGCAUCUUCAACAAAUGGUGCUGGUUCAACUGGAUGUCUACAUGUAGAAAAAUGAAAAUAGAUCCAUACUUAUCACCCUGCACAAAACUGAAGUCCAAGUGGAUCAAAGACCUCAACAUAAAACCAGACACAUUAAAUCGGCUAGAAAAAAAAGUGGGGAAUACCCUAGAACUCAUUGGUACAGGAGAAAACUUCCUGAACAGAACACCAACAGCACAGGCUCUAAGAGCAACAAUCAAUAAAUGGGACCUCAUGAAACUGAAAAGCUUCUGUAAAGCAAAGGACACCAUCAUCAAAACAAAGCGACUGCCUACAGAUUGGGAAAGAAUCUUCACCAACCCUUUAUCUGACAGCGGACUCAUAUCCAGUAUAUAUAAAGAACUAAAGAAGCUGAAAAGCAGCAAACCAAGUAAUCCACUUAAAAAUGGGGAACAAAGCUAAAGAGAGAAUUCUCUGUAGAGGAAUAUCGAAUGGCAGAGAAGCACUUAAAGAAAUGCUCAACCUCAUUAGCCAUUAGGGAAAUGCAAAUCAAAACAACCCUGAGAUUUCACCUUACACCCAUCAGAAUGGCCAAGAUGAAAAACUCAAGUGACAACACAUGCUGGAGAGGUUGUGGAGAAAGGGGAACCCUUCUCCACUGCUGGUGGGAAUAUAAACUUGUACAACCACUCUGGAAAUCAAUCUUGUGCUUUCUCAGACAACUAGGAAUAGCGCUUCCUCAAGAUCCAGCCAUACCACUCCUAGGCAUAUACCCAAAAGAGGCUCAAGUACAGAAAAAGGACAUUUGCUCAACCAUGUUUGUAGCAGCUUUAUUUGUAAUAGCCAGAAGCUAGAAACAACCCAGAUGCCCCUCAACUGAAGAAUGGAUGCAGAAACUGUGGUAUAUCUAUACAAUGGACUAUUACUCAGCAAUGAAAAACAAGGAAAUCAUGAAAUUUGCAGGUAAAUGGUGGAACCUGGAAAGGAUCAUCCUGAGUGAGUUGUCCCAGAAGCAAAAAGACACACACGGUAUAUACUCACUCAUAUAAACAUACAACAUAGAAUAACAUAAACCCACUAAAAUCUGAACAUCUAAACAAACUAAGCAAAAGAGAGGACCCUAACUAAAAAUGCUCAAUCCCCAUCCUUUAAAGGCAAAGAGGAUGGACAUCAGAAGAAAAAGAAAAUAGGAAACAACCUCGGAACCUGCCACAGAGGGCCUCUGAAAGCCUCUGCCGUGCAGACUGCCGUGCAGAUGCUGAGCCUGAUGGCCAACUGACGGGCAGAGUGAAUGGAAUUUUAUGUAAGAAGUGGGAAAUAGUAAGAGCUGGAGAGGACAGGAACUCCACAAGGAGAGCAACAGAACAAGAAAAUUUGAACACAGGGAAUUUCCCAGAGACUCAUAAUCCAACCAAGGACUAUCCGUGGAGAUAACCUAGAACCCUGACAAUGCAGCCACUUCUGAUGAGAACUGAUAGACUAAGAUCAGAAAGAAGGAGAGGAGGACCUCCCCAUCAGUGGAAUUGGGGAGGGGCAUGCAUGCAGAAAGGGGGGGGGGGCCGGGAGGGAACGAGGGAGUGGCUUAUGGGGGGAUACAAAAUGAAUAAAGUGUAAUUAAUAAAAGUUAAAAAAAAAGAAAAAAAGUUAAAAAAAUAGCAUAGCUUUAAGAAAACCCUUAAGGAAGACAUGAAGCAAGUACACCAUAGAGAUAUGUGCACAGUAGUUAUCAUGGAAGUUUUCACAAUAGCUGUUAUGGAGAGAAGGUGUCCGUCACCAGAGGGACGGAGCAAGAAGAUGUGGUUCAUACGCAGAAAUGGAAUAUUUUCAGUCAUAAAUAAAAACAAAGCAUGUCAUUUUCAGGAAAAGAAUGGAAUUGGAGGUGGUCGUCUUAAAUGAAUUUAGUCCGUCUCAGAGACAAAUAUCUUUGUUUCUCUCAUCCGUGGGUUUCAGAUUUUAAAGAUACAUAAAAUCAUACAUGUUACAGAUGACAUUAACGUAGAGGAGAAACUGGGUGAACAAAGGACUAAGGGAGGUGGAGGAGUAGAAAAUAGCAGGAAAUGAGUGAGAAUAUGCUGAAGAAGGUUAUGUGCGCGCAUGAAAAUGUAUCCUGUGCACGCACGAUGCGGCUCCUGUAGGCUCUCUCCGUCAGAUGGCGCGAUACUUUGAGCGCCGCGUCUGGCGACUAGCUGACGCCUCCUCCCUCUGCUCCAGACGGAGACCGAGGCCUGGAGAAGGGACUGUCGGGAUAGUAGGAAGUGAGGCCCUGGGAAGGGGAGUGGUUCGGGGCUGAUGCGCACCGCGCCAGGUUUCCGCGCCCGCCCUGCUCCCAUCGCCGUGGCCCUCAAACGCACAGCCGCGACCAUGCCCCUCCACGUGAGCCUUGCCAACGGCAACCGCGACCUGGACUACGACUCUGUGCAGCCGUACUUCAUGUGUGACGAUGAGGAGGAGGACGUGCACCAGCAGCCGCCGCAGCCGCCUGCGCCCAGCGAGGACAUCUGGAAGAAAUUCGAGCUGCUGCCCACGCCGCGCCCGUCCCCGGGCCACGCCGGGCUCUGCUCACCUUCCUGCCAAGCGCUCGCCGUGUCUCUCUCCCCCAAGAACCACGGUGAUGAUAGCUUCUCCACCGCAGACCUGAGGGAGAUGGUGCCCGAGCUGCCAGCAGGAGACGCGGUGAGGCAGAGCUUCGUUUGCGACACGGACGACGAGACUUUCGUGAAGAACAUCAUCCUACGGGACUGUAUGUGGAACGGUGUCUCGGCCUCCACCAAGCUGGUCUCCAAGCUGGACCCCUACCACGCUGUGCGCAAAGAAGGCCCCAGCGGCAGCCCGGCGGCGGACACCGACCCUGCCACCUCUCCAGACUGCACCCCCAACACCUGAGCGCACAGCACUGGUCUUGGGACUGUAAGCUUCAGCCAUGUUAACUGCCUCAAAUUCUGGGCAUAAAAGAACCCCUCUCCCCUUUUCUUUUUUUAAGCUUGUCAUCCUUCGUCACCCCCCUUAACAGAUGUAUUUGUUUAAAAGAAAAAAACUUUUAAGUUUAUUAAAUUUCCAACGUCUAGUGGACCCUUAAAUGUAAAUAACUCCAAUAAAGCAUUUUAUCAGUUAUA